UCGAACUAUCGAUUCGAUCCAAGGCAGCUAGGCACCACAGUCCACCGCCGGUCACAAAGGCUUCCUAGGUAGUGGCGAUGGAGAUGAUGUCGGCGAACGGCGGCGUGGAGCGGGAGCAGCAGGGCGUGGGGCGCCGCUUCCAGAUGCCGCUGCACUACCCGAGGUACACCAGGGAGAACUACGAGGCCAUGCCCGAGUGGCAGCUCGACCGCCUCCUCUCCGACUACGGCCUCCCCGUUCAAGGCACCCUUCACCACAAGCGCAGCUUCGCCAUCGGCUCCUUCCUCUGGGGCGCCGGCGGGAACUGAUCGACCUCUACUCUACCUACCCGCCGUCUAUGGACCUUCAAGCCGCUAGCGCACCGACGAGGAACCUGAGAAUCUGAGAGAUGAUGCAGUGUAUCCGUAUAUAGAGAAAUCUACUACUACGUAGUAGUAGAAGCUAGCUUGGAUCUGGUAAUUUGUUUUUUAGAGAAAUGUAAUCUGGCAAUUUCUAUAUUUAUUAACUACGACAUACGAUAUGACUUGUGAGUAAGAUGUGUAUGAUGAUUUUA